CGCAAUUCGUAUAUGAAAAUGAGUAUGAAACGCUAAGGCAUCCGUAACUCGUCGUUCCUUUUCAUCGUGAUCCUUCGUACCGUCUUCGUACUCAUAGAACGCAUCUCGACGACGUCCAAACAUUUACAGCUUGUCACCUGGUGCACUUGUGGCAAUCGUUGCAAGAAACUCGCUCAGCAUUAACUUGAAACGCACUCCCUAUAAUCCAGCGAGAAGCACCAAUGAACCAAAUUUAUCUCCAUUCAAAAAAACAGCUUGGUGUUGUGUCUUUUCCACGGUGUCAAGGCGCUUUUUUUUUUGUUCACUAUCGGGAAGCUAGAACGUGAGUAUAUGUAGUUUUGAUUUUAGCAUUGGGAAACUACCGACAGCAUAGCACUUUUCUACUGGGAUAUUAAUUUGUUCACAUAUUACUACACGCACUACGACUACCCUACACGUAAAAGUACAAUGUUUCUAUCGCUUCUGAAACUCAAUAAACGCAUCAUCACUUCUUACAUUCAACAUUUUCAUCCUGCUCCUCGCAUGGUCACAAGUUCCUUCUGCUAGUGCAAUUGAUUUCAAUUUGUGCACAUAUAUAGCACAUUAAAUUUCUAUCAUGUCCCGCGUCCGGUUCCAACAGACGGAGUCCAGCCGACAAAAAUCCCGGUCCCCCCUACCGUCCCCGGAUAGACGUGGUCAACAAGGAAAUGCCGCAACUUUGUUGGAGGACGACGAUGAAAACGAAGAAGGUGGACAUCAUGUCUCUCGCUCGGUUGUAGAUGCCGGGCCUGCGUCUGCCAUAACGGGUAAGAAUGAUGUCAAAUCCCCAACAUCAACUACUCCACGGACGAAGAUGAACCAGAACAAAGCUUCAAAGACGAAAGCCAGUAUCUCCGACCUCCUCGAAGAAAUCUCCGCCGCGAAGCGGCCAUCUGCUUUGUCGAAGACAAAAUCCACAACGCUCCCAAAACUCGAAGACGCCCUCCCGCCGAGGGACCCGCUGAAGAAUUUCAGCCGGAAAGACUUGCAGAAUUUACAGCUACGAAUCACCGAAAACGUCAAACAGUCGCAGCUGGAGAAGAACUGGAAGCAGAGCGACAAGAUCGGGAAGUUUUUUAUCGAUCCAGCAAUUAACAGUCUUUUUCUACCGGUUGGGAGAGAGGAAACCACCUGGGAAAUCGAGCGGAAAAUGCACGCGAGAAGGUCAACCCGCUCCUAUCGAGAGUUACCCGACGACGGGAGGCGGCGGUUGCGUCUGCACUACUUCGAUAAGAAAGAGGAAUACACGAAGUUGAGACGAGAAAAAACCGUGUCGGAGCACGUGUUCACGAAGGAAGAAGUACGGAGAAGGGCAAUACUGGAGAAGGAUUUGAUGCGGAAGCAACACCCCCUCUACGUGAACAAAAUGCGACAGUUGACCUACGACAACGCUGUUGCGAAAGAGAAGUAUUUGCAGGCGAUUGCAGCGGAAGAAGCGGAACAGGAAGCGAGGUUGCAAGGGGAAGCGGAAUUUGAACUGCUACAGGGGGCUAGGAAGGAAGUGCUCGCGAAGCAAGCGACAGCUGCAUCGUUGGAGGGUAAUGAGCAACAAGCUCUGGCGGGUAAUCCUAAUCUUGACGGCCCCGGUGGAUCGGCAGCCGGAAGUGGCGUAAAGAAACAAGGAACAGCAGUAGGAACGGGGACUGGUUCGCAAGUGCACGACGAAAGAACUGAGAUGCAGAUGAACGAGCGGAAAAGCAACCGAUCAAGCGUAACAAAUUCCCGGCCAACUUCGCCCAGUCCUGGUGAAGAGAAGAAUAGAAAAACUACGCAGUCGAAAAUCAAACCCCCGAAACUGCUCCCCUUACCGAAUUCCAGCACGGCCGCUGUUCCGAACACACAGAUAAAGAACUACUGGAAGACGGUUGACAUGUCCACGCGGGGGAAUUCGUUCGAGGAAAAAUAUCCGUGGAAAGCAAAGGAGGAGAAGCGGGACCUUUACCAGGACGGCUUCUAUGAAAAACAAGUGAAGUUGGUCAAUAAUUUGGACGCAAGGAAACAGGGCGGGUUGCAUAAAGACAAUCACGCAGCGGCACCAGGGUCGAAUAAAACGAAACUGUGAUGAUGGGAGACAGAUUCAUUUGUGGUUUCACAGACGAGCAUUAGUAGGUUAGUACUACACAUUUUUUCUUUAGUUUUCGUUAAUCAUUCACAUGGGAAUUGUUUUAGGUUUCGCGCAUAUAUAUACACAGUUUUCAAACUUCCCUUUGGGAUUUUAGUUUUCAAUAUACACAGUUUUACCAGCAUGGGAAAUAAUCAUAAAAUGGGAAAAUACAGUACAACACGGGCAAUUACCGAGAGGACCGGAGAUCAUGCGCAUAAUGCACCACAUUCGUCACAGUUAGAAGCAGUAGUUUCUAUCCGAGACUACUUACAAUCUUUCGCUCUGUUUCUGAUUGAUGAAGCUUCAUUUUCUAUUACUUGUUUUUUGUCGUCCUCUUUCUCACUAGUAUCCCUUGUUCGAUGUAAGACAGUGAGUUGUACGCAGAUGUACCUGUGCACAUGAGUAUCAGUAAAACUUCUGUCCCGGUGACACGGUAGUUGUUGUAAAUUAUUAUUUGUCGAUGAUGAU